AAAGGAAAAUUUUCGAAAGCAUCGGUGGCGACCGUGGCUUGCUAGCGCGGACGCACGCGCCUCGUCGAACACCUCACCUGCGGCUGCGAGCUUCCUCUCCUCUCCUCUGCGUCGCGAUCCAAUCCACCACCCGCGCCUAGAUCUGCUGCGUCCCUGCAGAUUCCAGAAGCUUCCGAGGAGGAGGUUGUGGUGGGGGUGGGAGAGGUAGCUGCCGCCGCUGCGGCCGCGGGGUUGGUGCUGCGCUGGGGUUAGGGUUUGGGGGGGAAACCCUAGCGGAGCGGCCGCCGCGCGAUGGCGUCGUACCGGCCGUACGCGCCGCACCCGCCGCCGCCGCCGCCGCAGGGGGGGUUCCCGCCGCAGCCGCCGCCGAUGAACCCGUACGGCCCGCCGCCGCAGCAGCCGGGGUACGGUCAUAUGCCGCCGCAGGGGCCGUUCCUCGCGCCGCCGCCCCCGCCCGGCCCGCCGCCGCCGCACCAGCCGCAGUUCAACUUCGGCCCUGGGCACCCGCAGCAGCAGCCGCCCCCGCCUCCGUCGCAGAUGUACUACCAGCCGCCGCCGCCGCCGUACGGCGUGAACAGCAGCCAGCCGGUUCCCCCUCCUCCGCCCCCGCCGCCGCCGUCUCCUCCCCCUUCUGCGCCACCCCCGCCUCCGCCUCCUCCUGCGCAGCCGCCUCCUAGAGAGGCCCAUGCUCCACCGCCCCCGAGGGAGCAGCAGACCAAGCCGGGGUUGCCGAGGGUGGAGACGGAGGAGGAGCGACGUGCUCGGAAGAAGCGAGAAUACGAGAAGCAGCGCGCGGAGGACCGGAAGCAACAGCAGAUGAUGCGCCAGUCACAGGCCACGGUUCUGCAGAAGACGCAGCAAGUGCGCGCUGCCCAGCAGCCGCAGAGCCGCCACCAUCAGCAGCCAUCGGGUGCGCCACGGCCGGCGGCAACUGGGUCUCGCCCAGCCUCAGCUCCCAACGCUGAGAGAUUUGAGAAUCGCCUCAAGAAGCCGACGACCUUCCUCUGCAAACACAAGUUUAGGAAUGAGUUGCCAGAUCCAAGCUCUCAACUGAAAUGGUUGCCGCUAAACAAGGAUAAGGACCGAUACACCAAAUACAGAAUCACUUCAUUGGAGAAGAACUACAUACCCAAAAUGAUUGUUCCUGAUGAUCUUGGAAUACCUCUUGACCUACUUGAUAUGAGUGUAUAUAACCCUCCUCCUGUUCAGCCACCCAUGGCUCCAGAAGAUGAAGAGCUAUUGCGUGAUGAUGAGGUUCUUACCCCUGUUAAGAAAGAUGGUAUAAGGAAAAAGGAGAGGCCCACUGACAAGGGUGUUUCUUGGCUAGUCAAAACACAAUAUAUUUCUCCACUUAGCACCGAUGCAGCAAAAUUGUCCAUUACAGAAAAACAAGCGAAGGAAAGGCGGGAAUCAAGGGAGGGCCGCAAUACUUUCUUGGAAAAUCUUAAUGACAGAGAGAAGCAAAUUAAAGCCAUUGAAGACUCUUUCAGGGCAGCUAAAUCUCGCCCUGUUCAUCAGACUAAACGUGGGAUGGAGGCAGAAUGGGCUCUGCCUUUGCUUCCUGAUUUUGAUAGGUAUGAUGAUCAAUUUGUUAUGGUGAAUUUUGAUGGUGAUCCUACUGCUGAUUCAGAGCAGUACAACAAGCUUGAGAGAUCUGAGCGUGAUGAAUGUGAAUCUCAGGCUGUGAUGAAAAGUUUUCUUGUCAAUGGUUCGGACCCUGCAAAACAGGAGAAAUUUUUAGCAUACAUGGUUCCAUCCCCCCAUGAGCUUAGCAAGGACUUGGAUGAUGAAACUGAAGAUAUUCAGUACUCCUGGCUUAGGGAGUACCACUGGGAAGUAAGGGGGGAUGACAAAGAUGACCCCACGACAUACCUUGUCACAUUUGAUGACGAUGGUGCAAAAUAUUUGCCUCUUCCUACUAAGUUAGUAUUGCAGAAGAAGAAAGCAAAAGAGGGUAGAUCUGGGGAUGAAAUUGAACAUUUUCCAGUGCCUUCCAGGAUUACUGUGAGCAGGACAGCUCAUGGCAGUAUGAUGGAACGUGGAGAAUCUUCUAGCAUGCAUGAGAACUUGAAGCGACAAAGAUCUUCGGUUGAUGAUGAUCUUUAUGACCAUCCUAAGCAUUCUCGUGUAGAAGAUAUGGAUCAGUAUAGUGGAGAAGAAUAUUCUGACUGAUCAAUUGAUGUAGAUCGCCAUUAUCCUGCACCAACAAAUUUAAUCAGCGUAUAUGAAUCUCAAAGAUAUCAUAUUAUGUGCUGUGGUGCAUUUAUAAGUGGUUCUAGGGUGCAGGGUGGGCGAGAAAUCAUGCCUUAGGGCAUCUGGGCAAGAGCUAAAUUUUGAAGUGCAGAGUACGAACACAAGGUUGAGUGUAACUGGGCCUAAAGACUGUCUCGGUAGUGACGGUGGAAGGUUUCACCAUCAUUGUAAAAAAGUCUUGGGGUCACUCUCAACUAUUUAUUUUGAUGAUAUAGACCACCAUUUUGCAUGUGUUUUUCAUUUCUCUCAAUUUGAUUGUGUAAGUACAACAAUUUAUUAAAGUUAGGACACUGGGCAGGUUGUUUUUGCUAGAUGUUUCUUCUCCAGUCGACAGGAUAAUCCUCGUUGGAGGGCCAUGUAUUUAUGUACUAGGAGUGCUAACGAGCUUCAAUUGAAGAUCAAGAGCUGUGUUAGAGGCAGAGUAAAUUGUGGUUUUGCAAAUGGAAAUUGUGGUGUCACUGAGUCAGUUGUCAAAUUUAUUUUGGUGUAUCUUUUU